AUGGCAUCUCUACCCCCCAACCACAUUCGAGAGGACUUCAUGAGAUCAACAGCUGCAGUCAACAUGGCCGUCGCAUCUUCUGCGAAGGCCAAGUCGGCCUGCAAAGCCAACACCACCAACAGCAACAAUGCCAGCUCCAAGGCAAAGUCACAAAUGCACCGCCGUUCAAGGACAGGAUGCUACACCUGCAGACUGCGCCGCAAGAAGUGCGACGAGGGCUCGCCAAUGUGCUCCGCUUGCAAACAUCUUGGUUUGACAUGCGAAUACAAGCGCCCAAUGUGGUGGAGCAACAACGAUGCCCGCCGCAAGCACAAGGACGACAUCAAGAUGAUUAUCAAGCGCAAGAAGCUCUCAGAGAAGGCGUCGCACACGAUCCAGACUUCCGUCGGCUCUCCUCCCGGCCUGUCGCACUCUUUGCCCACCUCUGCCACCUUUUCCGACCCUCUGGACCGCACUCGCUCCGCCUCCAUUGACUCGCACUUCUCCCAGGCUUUCAACUUCAACAGCCCGCCAACUGUCGGUGCCGAUUAUGCUGCCUACAACCCCCAGAUGCACCCCGACUUCAUGUUCAGUGGCUUCCCCUCGCCUUACGAGAUUGAUGUCAAGACUGAGCGCCAGGUCUACAUGAACGAUGUGCCCACUCUAAGGGAGUCGACCAUUUCCACUUUCAGCACCUACCACACUCCCCCACCCCCGGGAACCAUCCUGCCUUCCUCCGUGCCCCUCGACGGCGAGUGGACCGAGCAGAUCUACUCUGAGCGCAAGGAGUCCCUUAGCGAGGAGGCCCUCAACGUCAACUUCUUCGACUUCUCUCAUGGCCCGGCCAUGUCCAACCGCCAGGUCGCAGUUGAGCUUGACGAGAACGAUCAGCGCCUGCUGGACCACUUUAUCCAAUUCGUCCUGCCCACCAUCUUUCCCAUUCUCGACUCCAACCAACAUGGCUCAGUCGGUUCCGAUCUGAUCUUGCCGGCUCUGCAGAGCAACAAGGGUUACCUGCACUGCUGUCUUAGCAUCGCCGCCCAGCACUACAAGGCGACCAUGAACGUUCCCGGAGAGGAGAUUGAUCAGGACAUCAUGCGCCAUCGGUACGCCACCAUCUCGUCUCUUUGCGACGCUUUGAACAAGGACGAGAACCAUCAGGAGAUUCUCGAGGCUGCUUUGGGUCUCAUCUUCUUCCAGUGUGUCGUCGGUCGCUUCGACGACGCACUGCCCGACAUCCCCUGGCACCAGCACUUCCAAGCUGCCAUCAGCUUGGUCCAGAAGCUUGACCUACCCCGCCUGGUUUCGGAUCCCCAUGAGCAGAUAACCCAAACUCCCUUCAACAUGACUUUGACCUCUUGGAUUGACAUUCUUGGCGCCACCAUGCAGGGACAAGCUCCUACCUUUGCCCACACCUACCGCGAGAAGCACCUGUCAAACAACCCUAGCCUGGGUCUUCGCGAGCUCAUGGGAUGCGAUGACCGUGUCAUGUACCUCAUUUCUGAGAUCGCCUGCCUCGAGGCUCUCAAGGGAAGCGGCAUGGACGACAUUACUCUUUGCCAGCACGUCCACGCUCUUGGCGACCAGAUCAACCUCACCGAGAUUGGCGAGCCUGGUCCCAAGAUGCCUUACAAUAACAACGGAAGCCUUUCCCCUAAGCAGCUUUCCAAGAACAUGACAGCCGCGUUCCGCCUUGCCGCUCGCAUCUAUCUUUGCAGCUUGGUACCCGGCUUCAAUCCCGCGCAGGCUUCCUGUGUCGGCUUGGUUGAGAAGCUUGCCAACGUUCUCCAGCUUAUCCCCUCGGGACCUGGAGGCUUUGACCGCAGUCUCGUCUGGGUCUACCUCGUGGGCGGCUCUGUCAGCUUGCCUGGCAGCUCUUUCCGCGCUCUCUUUGAGGACCGCGUUGCCCAGCUUGGCGAUGUCUCUGACUGCGGCUCCUUCGGCCGCGUCGCCUCGCUCCUCAAUGAAGUCUGGAUGCAGACAGGCAACAUCAAGAGCAGUGACAGCUGCGCCGGCAGCCCUGGUUCCACGCAAGGAGCUGAGGCGGUAGCAUACAUCCACUGGAGGGAUGUCAUGCAGAUGAAGGGCUGGGACUUCUUGCUCAUCUAG